GGUCAGGCAAAAACAACAACAGCAACAAUAUAUGCAACAACAACAUUGCGCUUCAAGCAAAAGCUUCAAUUAAGCGCGACCCGAGCACUGCAGAAAAUUACCAAAGCGUCGCGCGUUCGUCCAUUCUUUGCGCUCUUUUGCUCUUUUUUACAAUUCUGCUCUCGCAACGCCUGCUGCACCUUUUUUCUGUUGAAAGGCGCAUACACACAUACAUACAUACGCAUAUAUAUGCUGUUAACGCGUCACAUACACUCACGCAGACGCAGAGAGACAGCAGAGAGGCGCGCGCGCGUACGUUUCAAAAAAAGGAAAAGAGGGGAACAUGAACAAAAAUCUCAACUCCAAUUGCCUUUGAACUGGCAUUUCAUAAAUCUUUGCAAUUCUAUUUUAUUUUUUUUUUAGUUCUCAACAUAUAAUGUGAAGUGCGAACGGCAAAAGAAAAAAGAAAAAAAAAAGUGAUUUGAAACACGGUAACAAGUGGAACGCGUACAAGCGCUGUGGGGCGUUAUCAAUGCUGAUAAGAGCAAGUAAAACACAACAGUGAAAACAGUUAACAUCGGCUAAAAUAGCAAUAGUUAAACGUUCGUUCAUUCUUGUAUGUUGGUGUGACAUCAGCAUCCCAUUUACAAUUGCAUACAGAAAUACAUACCGAUAUACAGACGUACAUACGUACUUACACAUAUACAUAUAUACAUAGGUACUUACAGUAAAAAGCUGGCUGCAUGAAAAACAUCACCAGCUCAAGCACUUGCGGCACGGGGCUGCUGCAAUUGCAGAACAAUCUCAGCAACAGCGAAUUGGACGUCGCUGUUGUUGGCAAACCAGAAGCAGUUGGACCCGGCACCAUACCAUCUCCGUGGCCACCAGUGAAUGCCGGUCCUCCUGGUCCCCUGGGAUCGGCAGACACAAAUGGCAGCAUGGUGGACAGUAAAAACUUGGAUGUUGGCGAUAUGAGCGAUGACGAAAAAGAUUUAUCAUCCGCUGAUGCCGAAGGUGUCUGGAGUCCGGACAUUGAGCAAAGCUUUCAAGAGGCACUGUCAAUAUAUCCACCAUGUGGACGCAGAAAGAUUAUAUUAUCCGAUGAGGGUAAAAUGUAUGGGCGCAACGAGCUAAUCGCGCGUUACAUCAAACUGCGCACGGGCAAGACGAGAACCCGUAAACAAGUCAGCUCCCAUAUCCAAGUGCUCGCCAGACGGAAACUCCGUGAAAUUCAAGCCAAAAUCAAAGUCGAACCAAAUGGUGUCUCCUUGCAUUUACUCAAUGAGAAAGAGCAAACCCUGCAGGCCAUGAGCUCAAUGACCAGCUCACAGAUUGUCUCCGCCCAGGCGGCCAAUAAUCUAGCGUUGGCCGCCUCGGCGCUCACGGCGGGCGUGCACCAGCACGCGAAGCAUUUGCCGCAGCCCGCCCACCAUCAGCAUCCGCACCAUGCGCACCUGCACCACCAUCACCACCACCAUCAUCCGCACCACCAUCAUCAGGUGGGCGUGGCGGCGGCUGCAGCUGCUGCCGCUGCCGCUGCUGCUGCGGCUGCGGUUGCCGUUGCACAGUCACCGACGGCAGCUGCGGGUGGUGCUGGUAAUGGUAGUGCUGGUGCUGGUGCUGCUGCUGGCGGUGGUGCUGCCGGUGGUAGUGGUGGUGCAACUGCAUCCAGCAGCGUUGCAUUGCCGCCGUCAUCGUCGUCGUCGUCGUCGUCGCCACGACUACACCACCACCACCACCACCACCCAGUCCACCAUUCCCAUCACAAUAUGCCGCACCACACGCAUAGCCAUAUGCAUCCACAUCAUCAGCAACAUGCGGCGGCCGUUGCAGCAGUUUACCACCUACAGCAACAGCAGCACCAACACCUGCAGCAGCAACAACAACAGCAACAGCAGCACCAACACCUGCAGCAGCAACAACAACAGCAACAGCAGCACCAUCAGCAGCAACAGCAGUCAAGUGGUGGAACAACAGGUGCAGUGUCACCAUCAGUGGCCGAGCCACCGCUGCCACCGCCGCCGCCGCCAUUGCACCACCCGCCGUUGUAUCCGGGCCAAUUUUGGCAACCCGGCCUGCAGCCGAGCACAUCGCAAGAUUUUUAUGAUUACAGCAUCAAGCCGUUCGCCCAGCCGCCCUAUACGCCCGGCAAGCCAUCGACGGCGGUGUCCGGCGAAAUCGAGGCUGGUAUUCCGCCCGCACAAUUGCCAUGGGAGGGACGCGCGAUUGCCACACAGAAAUUCCGCUUGCUCGAGUUUACGGCCUUCAUGGAAAUCCAAAGAGAUGAGAUCUAUCACCGACAUCUAUUCGUACAACUGGGCGGUAAGCCAUCCUUCUCCGAUCCGCUGCUUGAGACUGUUGACAUACGACAAAUAUUCGACAAGUUUCCGGAGAAAUCCGGUGGUCUCAAGGAGCUUUACGAGCAGGGUCCACAGAAUGCGUUCUACCUGGUUAAAUGUUGGGCGGAUCUCAACACGGACGUUACGACGGGCAGCGAAACGGGUGAUUUCUAUGGCGUAACCAGCCAAUAUGAAAGCAAUGAGAACAUUGAGCUCGUCUGCUCGACAAUCGUCUGCUCGUUCGGCAAACAGGUGGUGGAGAAGGUGGAGCACGAGUAUUCGCGCCUGGAGCACAAUCGCUACGUUUAUCGGAUUCAGCGCUCGCCGAUGUGCGAAUACAUGAUCAAUUUCAUACAGAAGCUGAAGAACCUACCUGAACGCUACAUGAUGAACAGUGUGCUCGAGAAUUUUACAAUAUUGCAGGUGAUGCGAGCGCAGGAAACGAAGGAGACACUGCUAUGCAUAGCGUAUGUGUUUGAGGUGGCGGCGCAGAAUAGCGGCACCACGCACCACAUCUAUCGCCUUAUAAAGGAAUAGCAUGAGCUGCAUGAAGCAGCGCCCAAUCUGUCCGCGUUACCCACCAAUGCACAAAUCAGCGAAUACAGCAACAGCAACAACAGCAGCAGCAACAACAACAACAACAACAACAAUACGAGUAGAAACCACAACAGCACA